UACCUCAUCUACUCCACUUUCUUUAAUUUUACACCAGACUACUUACUAUACAUAGUGAGAGAAGAUACAUUUCUCCACCAUCUCCAAAAUCAUCCAAACAAGCAACUUAAAAAACAGAUCUUUGUUGCUUCAACGACAAGAUUUGAGGCUCCCAAUAGCUUGAACAAGAAGCGGUUCCAACGGUUGGUUUGAAAGAGACUUGGGUUGGAUAAAUUCGACAAAAAAGAAGAGAGGAAUGUAUGGUGAUUCCCAUGCAUUAUCUUCUAUAUUUCCACCCAAUUUCAAGCAUAAAGAAGAGCAGCACCAAAUGGAAUCCGACUACUGCAAUAAUGGCAGCAGUAGUCAGAACAGUUAUGGGCUGCUGAGAUUUAGGUCUGCUCCCACUUCUCUGCUCGAGAGUUUCACAGAGAAGACUGGGAAAUUGGGGUUUUCAAGAUUCUACCCUGAUGAAAUGAAUGAGGCUGAGGCUGAAAACGGCGACGUUGAUGAUGGACAUGGCUCUGAUAAUAAUAAUAAUAAUAAUAAUAAUAAUAAUAAGGGCUCCGGUAAUAGAUUUGCGAAUUCGCAACUGCCGCCGCAGUAUCCGAGGCAAAGUGGAGCUCAAUUGGGAUACAGAGGUGUGCCCUUGAAUCAGGGGCUUAUGCGCCAGAACAGCUCUCCUGCUGGAUUGUUCUCUCAAAAUGGGUAUUCAGGUGUUGGAAGCUACAGGGUGGGUGGUGAUGGAGAUUUAAGGAAUAGGAAGCCCAUGAUCAGCUCUUCGUUAUCUCGUAUAUCAGAGUUUGAGAGCGAUAAUGGCGGCCUUGUUGAUGAAACAAAGGUCGGGAAUAGCAGUGCUGACAGUUUCAUUUUCACUUCAUUUGCUCCGUGGAACGAUUCUUCCUAUCUUGCAGAAAAUAGUGACAUCAAAAGGGUGAUCGAUAUUGAUCAAAAGCUGUUUCUCAAUAAUAGUGAGAGAUGUGAGAUUGGAAAUAGUAGGCCAAAUGGUCUGUGUCACCACCUAAGUUUGCCUAAGACUUCAUCUGAAAUGGUUGCUAUGGAGAAGCUGAUGCGCCUUCAAGACACGGUUCCUUGCAAGGUUCGUGCUAAGCGCGGCUGUGCCACUCAUCCCCGAAGCAUUGCAGAGAGGGUUAGGAGGGGCAGAAUCAGUGAGAGAAUGAGGAAGUUGCAGGAGCUUGUUCCAAACAUGGAUAAGCAAACCAACACAUCAGACAUGUUAGAUUUGGCUGUGGAAUACAUCAAAGGCCUCCAGAAACAGUACAAGACACUUAACGAUGUUCGAGCUAAUUGCAAGUGCUCAGCCUUUCCAAAGCGUUAGUUUCGGAUGAUCAGAUUCUACGAUCAGAUUUUUAUGUUUCCCGUUUUUGUGGAUUUAUGUAUUGUUUAGUCAAGAUAUAUAACUUAUUUUUGGUUGAGUUCUGUUAGGAAAAAUUAGGUGCAUGUAUGGCAACUAUUCAGGGAUGUUAUCUCUUUACAAUUUUAUUAUUAUUAUUAUUAUUAUUAUUAUUAUUAUUAUUA